GCGCGAUUCGCCCACAGAAGUCCAGCAUAGUGGUGACUCAAUCAACCCCCCUUUAACACAAGUUCCCACCUCGACUUUUCAACUUUCCCAUUUCGAUCCGACAAGUUCUACAUCACCAGCAGCCAUGGGUAAGGUUCACGGAUCUCUCGCCCGUGCGGGUAAGGUUAAGUCUGCCACUCCUAAGGUCGAGCCCCAGGAGAAGAAGAAGCUCCCUAAGGGCCGCGCCAUGAAGCGUCUGAAGUACACUCGUCGUUUCGUCAACGUUACCAUGACCGGUGGCAAGCGGAAGAUGAACCCCAACCCCGGCAACUAGACGAUACCCUAGCGAAAGGAGGAACCUGGUAAUCGCCGCGGGGAAAUGACGAUGACG